ACCAAUCAGAAUAGCUAUCGGAGGCCCCGCCCCCCCAGCCGGUGCCUGCGCAGAGCCGGAGGGACAAGGGGGAACCUGCGGCAGCCUGCGGUGCUCGGGGUCUGUGGCCAGGGACGGCCGGAGUCCAGCAGCGGAAACAGAGACCUCGGGCUGCUGCGGCGUGGCCCAGCAGCACCCGACCAGGGGAAGGGCGACUCGGGCCCGGUUCGGGUGUUUGUCCCUCAGCUUGAACUACAAAGCAAGACCCUGUUUCAACCAAUGAAGAAAAAGGAGGCGUAGACAUUUAUUGUCUGCUGUGUAACUGUCGCUGAGCAUUGUGCUGUGUGUCCCCAAGGAAAGCUUGGUGAGGCAGAGUCGCCCAGGAUGGUGGAGACUGAAGACCUCAUGCAGCUCCGGCUGCGCAACCUGGGGCUUCUGAGGCAGCUGCAGGCCGGGCAGGCUGCUGUGCGGCGGUUGGUGGCCCAGGCAGCUUCUGAGUCAAGCGUGGACUCCAGUAGCAGCAGCAGCUAUGACUCAGAGACGCCGUUGUCCUCAGAAACAUCGACAGCCUCCUCAAGUGCCUCAUGCUCACAGGAUGAUGAGUGCCGCGCGUGGGAGCCCCCAGACACGCACCCAGGUGACCCCUGUGAUACAGCCUGGCUCGGCACGGCCGGCUCCGGGGUGUCGUCUCUGCAUCCUGCCAAGUUCCAACGCCCAGAGGCCCCGUGCCCUCCGAGACCUUGCUCAACACCCUUGCUGGUGACCUGUGACCUGGAGGAGCCCUCUGCAAGUCAACCAGAGCCACAGCAGGCCCAGGCCCCGAAGUCCAUCCUGGCCCAGCAGAGCAGGAAAUGCAAGCCCAGAGUGACCUUCGAGGAGUUCACAGUGCCCGAGAGCAGCUGGCGCCUCCGGCCGUACCUGGGCUACGACUGGAUCGCAGGGUCCCUGGACAGCAGCUCGUCCGUCAGCAGCAAGCCUGAGGCCUUCUUCUCCACGCUGCAGGAGUUCCGGGACGCCCACCGGGAGGAGUGCACCCACGGUCACCACGAGCCCUGCCUCCCAGGCUCAUGUGAGGGCGGGGACGUGGAGAAGGACCAUGAGUGCGUGUACUCCUACCGUGUCAACCGGCGCCUGUUCCUGGUGCCCUCAGACCCUGGCAUCCCCUGCCGCUUGUGUGGGACCCCGCGGAACCAGCAGGGCCCUGAGACCCUGGCAGAGCCUGCGCGGGUCCAGGUGAGUGUCCCGCUGUCGGUCCUGGAUCCCCCCCACCGGUACCAUGUCCACCGCCGCAAGAGCUUCGACGCUUCCGACACACUGGCCCUGCCCCGGCACUGUCUGCUGGGCUGGGACAUCGUCCCUCCGAAGCCCGAGAAAAGCUCGGCCCCCAGGAGCCUUGACCUCUGGUCCUCAGUCUCUGAGGCCCAGCACCGGAAGCUGUCGGCCACCAGCCCUUCCCGCCUGGCCUUGCCAGGGAAGGGUCCACGCCCCAUGCCCGUGUGGUCAGAGCCCCAGGUUCCAUGGGCCCCACAGUGAAUCCCUGAGGACUGACCACUGGGACCACGGUGCCGCGGCCAGCCACAGCGUCCUCUGUGCAGGGGAAGCCCCUGCCCACGUGGGGGUCCAGAGUGUGGGAACUUGGGCUGGGGGAGAAGGCUUUUAUGACGAGUUUGUAAUAAAAUUUAAAAAGUGCUUUGGGGCUGUA